AGCGCCAGGCUCGCGCGGAGCGGAGAGGAGAUGCGUGUAUAAAUAUCAGAGUGCCUCUUCUCUCCGCUAUAGCAGACCUGACACAUGACCUAAUUGUCCCUGUCACAUCUCCAGUGUGUCCUCACCAAGACCGCACUUCCCGAAGGAGUCGACUAGAAAACGGUUGGUUUAUUCUACAGGUUGGUGCGUCUCCUGAUCUCCGUGGAGUUUAUAAGCUAACUACUAAACCUUUUGGGGAUUUAAAAACAACUCCAGCUCGCCUCUUUUUCUUUUCUUUUCGCUCGGCUCUUACUCUAGUGUCAAAGCCAAAGCCACCGGUGUAUCGGUAGUCUAGCCUGCUAAUAGGAAUACCACAGACUGCUUUGGGUCGCUGUGGACUACAUGCUGCAGAAAGGAGCGGCCAGUGCCAGCUGUGGCUGUAAGGACCAGAGGUGUUUGUUUUGAAGGAAGACUGUGGGAACAAGAGUGGAUCCAGCCCGCUUGACUGUGGUGACAAGGUGCCUUUGGCCUCAUCCCCCUGUGAGCCCCUGCUAACCCACAUUAAGCCCUACGAAGUGCACACUCUGAAGUGCACACUCUGGAGAAAACGUAUCUUCUGCCAGUAAUCCAUACUUCUCAUUGAGAGAUGAAGAUGUGCGUCCCACUACUGAUGGCUGUGCUGCCUAUCAUACAGGCAGUGUGUCCAGACAGGGAGCCCGGCCUGCAGCCAUGGACCCCCGGCCACAGUGAAGCCCACCAUGUUACCAUUGGCUAUGGCAGAAAGGUCAUCCUCACCUCUUCAGCUACUGUCCACUCCAUAGAGAUCCUCAACGGAGGAAAGUUAGUGAUAGCAGACUCGUAUCAUCCCAUCCUACUGCGUACCAAACACAUUCUGAUCGGCAACAGAGGACAGCUGCACAUAGGAAGUCCUGACUGCCCGUAUAAGGGCAACCUUACCAUCUCCUUAUUUGGAAGGUCUGACGACACAGACACAGAGCACAGUUACUUUGGCCGUAAGUACAUUGGUGUGGGGACAGGAGGGACGCUGGAGAUCCAUGGGGAGAAGAAGCUGUCGUGGACCUUCCUCAACAAGACCCUGCACCCAGGGGAGAGCGAGGACAACAGCUACCUGUUCGAGAGGGGCUGGGGCAACCGGGGGAUCAUAGUUCACGUCAUCGACCCCAAGACUGGAGAAGUGCUGCACAAUGAUAGGUUUGACACAUACCGCAGUAAAGAAGAGAGUCGUCGCCUGGCCCAGUAUGUAGAUUUGGUAGACAAUGGGAUGAUUCUGGCCAUGGUGGUCAACGACGAGGGGUCUAACAACCUGGAGGACUCGGCCAGGAAGAUCCUCACCAAGCUGGGGAGUAAAGACUUCCACCGCCUGGGCUUCCGUCAUCCCUGGAGUUUCAUUGCGUUGAAAGGCAACUCGUCCUCUGCAGUGGAGGAUCAUGCUAUCUAUCAAGGGACCAAAGCCUCCUCGGAGGCUCGUAGUUCACGCAUGUUCCAGUCAGAAUACGGAGAGCACUUCACCAUCACCACCUCCAGCCAAUGGGUGCAAGAGGCAGAGUGGACUGAGUGGUUUGACAGAGAUGAUGAGAGAGGAUCAGGAGACUGGGAGAAGCUGUCUGACCUCCACAAGGCUUACCCUGACCGCCUCUGUAGCACCCCCAUGGAUAUACAGGCUGAGUCCCAUGAUGGUGUGCCAUCUAACGAGACAGGAGAUGUCAUCUAUAAGUCUGACAGGGACUACGGCUUCGUCUGUCUCAACAAGGACCAGAGCCACGGCCUCUGUCACAACUACCGAGUACGCUUCCUCUGCGGUAAACUAGUGCGUCCCCAGGCCUCCAUCUCUAUAGAGCAUCUGUCCAACAGCACUAUCCUGGAGUUAGCUGAGCCAGCUGAAGGCUGGGGCCCAGGAGACAGACUGGUGCUGGCCAGUACUGACUAUUCUAUGCACCAGGCUGAGGAGUUCACCAUACUACCCUGCCCUGCCUGUGGGCCCACACAGGUUAAAGUCCAAGGUAAGCCAGUGUUCCUCCACAUGGGUGAGGAGGUGGAUGGGGUGGACAUGAGGGCAGAGGUCGGCCUGCUGAGUCGCAACAUCCUGGUGCGCGGCGAGAUGGAACCUGGUUGUUACGGCAACGAGGCCUGCAAGUUCUUUACCUUUGACACUUUUGGAGGACACGUGAAGGUGGAGCGUGGCUUUAAGUCUGUGCAUGUGUCCGGUGUAGAGCUGCAGCACAUGGGUCAACAGUCUAUGGGUCACUACCCUGUCCACUUCCAUAUGAAUGGAGACGUGGACCAAAAGGGAGGCUACGAUCCCCCCACCUCUGUCAGCGAUCUGUCCAUCCACCACACCUUCUCCCGCUGUGUCACUGUGCACGGCUCUAACGGCCUACUGGUAAAGGAUGUGGUGGGCUAUGAUGCUCUGGGACAUUGUUUCUUCACUGAGGACGGUCCUGAGGAGAGGAACACUUUUGACCACUGCCUGGGGCUGAUGAUCAGAGCUGGUACCCUGCUGCCCUCCGACAGGGACAGCAAGAUGUGUCGCGAUAUCACACAGGGAGCCUUCCCCGGAUAUGUGGCCAACCCACGACAAGACUGCAGUGCUACGUCCACCUUUUGGAUUGCCAACCCCAAUAACAACCUCAUCAACUGUGCAGCAGCAGGCUCAGAGGAGACCGGUUUCUGGUUCCUCUUCCACCAUGUGCCUACGGGAGCCUCUGAGGGCAUGUACUCUCCUGGCCGCUCUGAACACACACCUAUGGGCCAGUUCACCAACAAUAGGGCCCACUCCAACUACAGGGCUGGAAUGAUCCUAGACAACGGUGUAAAGACGACACAGGCCAACGACAAGGACAAGAGACCCUUCCUUUCUCUAGUGGGAGCAAGAUAUGGACCCCACCAGGAUGCGGAUCCCUUCAAGCCCCGUGUCCCAGCUCUCAUCCACCAUUUUGUGGCCUACAAGAACCAGGACCACGGAGCCUGGCUGAGGGGAGGAGAUGUCUGGCUGGACGAGUGCCAAUUUGCUGAUAAUGGAAUUGGCCUAACACUGGCUAGUGGUGGUACAUUCCCUGAUGACGAUGGUUCUCGUCAGGAGGUGAAGAACAGUCUGUUUGUUGGGGAGAGUGAGAACAGGGGCAUGCCCAUUCCAGACAACCGUAUCUGGGGUCCCGGGGGACCCGACCUCAAUGGGAGGACCCUGCCUCGAGGAGUUGACUUCCCUAUCCGCGGCAUGCAGAUCUACGACGGGCCCAUCAACGUGCAGAACUGCACCUUCAGAAAAUACAUUGCCCUGGACGGUCGACACACCAGCGCCUUCGGCUUCAGACUCAACAACUCCUGGCAGAGCUGCCCUAACAACAACGUCACUGACAUCACCUUUGACGACGUGCCUAUAACGUCCCGGGUGUUUUUCGGCGAGCCCGGCCCAUGGUUUAACAAGAUGCAAAUGGACGGUGACAAGACCACGAUAUUCCACGACGUGGACGGCUCGGUCAGUGAGUACCCUGGAGCCUUCCUUGUCAAAGAGGACAACUGGUUACUGAGACACCCUGACUGUAUUGACGUGCCUGACUGGAGGGCUGCCAUCUGUAGUGGGCAUUAUGCACAGAUCUACAUACAGACACGUAACCCUGCCAGUCUGAACAUGCAGAUGGUAAAGGAUGAGUACCCUGACAGACCCCUGACACUAGAGGGCGCUCUGGGCAAGAGGAAGCACUACCAGCAGUUCCAGCCCGUGGUCACCCUGGGUAAGGGCUACACUGUACACUGGGACCAGGCUGCUCCUGCAGAGAUCACUGUGUGGCUCAUCAACUUCAACAGGAACGACUGGAUCAACGUGGGCUUCUGCUACCCUCCAGGCACCACCUUCACCAUCAUCUCAGACAUCCACAACCGGCUGACCAAGCAGACAAGGAAGACCGGUGUGUUCAUGAGGACCACACAGAGAGACAAGAUCAACCAGUCUCACCUGUCCCGAGGCUAUUACUACUGGGAGGAAGAUACCGGCCUGCUGUUCCUCCGAGUGAAGGCCCACAAUGAGAAGGAGGACUUUGCCUUCUGUUCAGUGAAGGGUUGUGAGAGGGUUAAAAUCACAGCCGUUAUCCCUAAGGGCAGCGGCCCCAGUGACUGCAUGACACAGGCCUACCCCCUGCACGCAGAGAUGCCCAUCGUAGAUGUGCCCAUGCCAAGGAAACUGCCCAGCGCCAAGCUGCGCACCACAGACCACUUCCUGGAGGUCAAGCUGGAGUCCUACAACACACGCUUCUUCCACAUCAAGGAGGACUUCGCCUACACAGAGGUUAACGGCAGGAAGUUGUACCAGCCAGAUGAUGGGGUGCAGCUGACGGUGAUGGACGGCCAUGACGGGAGACUGGUGGAGAGCAAAGGCUUCAGGAACUCCAUACUGCAGGGUGUACCUGCCCAGAUAGAGAGCUAUGUUAACAACCUGACAGACCACUCUAUCGUCAUAAUAACGUCUAAGGGUCGCCUGGUAACUCGGGGCCCCUGGACCAGAAUACUGGAAAUCCUCGGGGCUGACAAGACCCUCAAGUUAAGAGACAAGCUAACGUUUGUAGGCUUCAAGGGCACUUUUCGACCUGACUGGGUCCGUAUGGAGGUGAAUGAGGAGAGAGCUAAGAUCCAUCAAGUCCUCCCUAUCCCUGUGGUCAAGAAGAUUAAGCUAUGAAGGAGAGAGGAGAGGAGGAACUAGGUGUAGUGGGGGGCACACACGAGACUACACCUCCCACACAACACACACACACUGCCCCUAGGGCUGGAGUAGGUGAAAGUUGUUCCUAUAACUACUGGUCCAAGAUCAGAUGUUUUUCACCACUAAAGAUUAAUUAAGGUAAUCUGAUCCUAGAUCUGUGGUUAGGGACGGUUUCAGCCCGGUGCUACAGAGUGUGGGCCGGCCAAUCAAACGCAUGCGUUUUUCUGUCACCUAUCAACUUUCCCGCCAUGCAGGUCUCUGUUUAUGUGACAAUGUUGACUAUGUGAGUGAUUCGACUGUAUUGUUCGUUUGACUAUACUUGACUUUUAAAACGCGAGAAGAGAGAAAAAAUGACCAACAAAUAUUCCUUGUUUUUCAUCCUACUCAGAGACAGAUUUCCUAAAUGUUUGCACCUGUGUUUUCCAGUGGGGAGUUAACGUUGUUUAACACAAUAGAACAGAAAUGUAGACCAAUGAAGUAGAAGUGAGAGAGAGAUUACGUGACUUUUAAAGUAGAACCAAAAGGUCAAUUACAGGUUAAAGGCCCAGUGUGGUCAAAAACGUGAUUUUACAGUAUUUUAUAUAUAUUUCCACACUGAGGUUGGAAUAAUACUGUGAAAUGAUGAUAAUGCCCUUUUAGUGUGAGAGCUGUUUGAAAAGACCACCUGAAAUUUCAGCCUGUUUUGGUGGGAUGGAGUUUUGGCCUGCCUGGUGACAUCACCAUUAGUUAAUAGACCAAUAACGAAGAGAGUUACAAACCAGUUACAAACCUCUCUGCCAAUUACAGCUAGACCACACCCAGCCAGUCCUAGCUAAAUCCUUGCUUCAGAAAUUGCUCUUUGUUAAGAAGCUAUUUGUACUACUUUUUGACCAUUUUAAUUCAAAACAAUCCCUUAAUUGUUACCCAGAAAUGAUUUGAUAUUGAGGUAAAAACAGGUGCAUUGGGCCUUUUUAAGAUGAACAUAAAAAACGUUUAGGUACAUUAUGAGAUAUAUUUACCCUUCUACUGGAUAAAAAGCAGGUGCAGACAUUUAGUCCAUCUGUCCGGAAGAUUCCAUUCCAGAGAAGCUGUUUCCCUGUGUUUUAUGUGAGGGCUCUAGAUCGCUUACUUGAUAUUGUGUAAUGUUUGGUUUCAUAUAACUGUUCAUAUCAACGUUUGUGGUCCAUCGGUCUGUUUUAUUAAACAUACCAGUAUGUAAAGAAACCCCAAAAUGAUCCUGAAUAUAUCCAAGGACAUUUUUUGGUCACUUCUAAAGUGCUAUCUGGUCUUAGACAAUACUCCCAAAUCAAAACUUUAAAUGUUAUUUAAGCAAUUUAUAUAUUGAUUAUAAAUUGGCGAUUUUUCUUCAAAUCUGGCAAGAAUCAGAUAAAUGUUUCCCUUUGCCCGAAAUAGCUGGUCUUUUUUCGGACGUGAUAGUUGUUAGUGUUUUGUAUGUUUAAAUGUGUUUUUAAAAAUUCCACAGAUUGAUAACAGAGAUAUAUUUUAUACUUAUUUAUUGUACAGACAUAAUUGAACAAAAUCUACAAGGGACAUCUUUUGAGUUGUAUUGUAUUCUGGUCCUGAAUUGUAUGUAAGAAUAAUAAUACUAUAACAUUUAAAACAAUCCUACUAAACACUGCUAUGGCAUAAUAUCAUCCUAGUUACCGCAAUGUUUUGUUUUAACCCUACACUAAAUGGAUGUGAUGUAUUAUACAUGACUUGGGCUUGUAAAGUAAUUCAAUCUCAUGACUUAAAAUCUUUGAAUGACUUUUGUACAUAAAUAAAUGAAUAAGUGAAUUUAUAAGCCUGUGUGUGUGAACCCCAAUAAAGACUUUCUGCACAGAAACACCA